AUGUGGGUCUUGUAUUUUAUCCACGAAAAUCGUCACCAUCCGUUUAUUUGGGAACACACGACGAUAACUCACAAGUUAUUUAUAUGUUUGAAAAUACUGGCAGCCAUGGCAGUUCGUCAUGAGAUGUGUGUUGGUCUCAAUAAGGGACACAAAGUUAGCAAAAAUGUGAAAAGACCUAGGAAAAAGAUGGUGCGUAAACAUGUUAAAUUUGUACGUGAUAUUGUCCGUGAAGUGUGUGGAUUCUCUCCCUAUGAGAGGAGAGCAAUGGAAUUGCUGAAAGUAAAUAAAGACAAACGAGCACUCAAGUUCGUCAAAAAAAGGCUUGGAACACACAAACGUGGAAAGAGAAAGAGGGAAGAAAUGGUAAAUGUGCUCACAGCACAAAGAAAAGCAGCACAGAAAUAGAUUUUACAUUAUUUGUAACUUAAAACAUUGAUGGAUGGCACUGCUAAAAAUCAGAAAAAAUAAAUUGUUCUUCUGAAGGAAA